AAUGUAUACUCAUCAUCAAUUCAAAGCCUAAUGUGAGUUAGUUAUUAGCUAAUGCUACUACAAGGAAGGAGUAAAUAGACAAAAUCUCUUAAGAGAUGAAUAACAUUUACUAUUAAUGUUAUCUAACAGUCAUCAUCAUAAUCACUCUAAAGAACUAAAUCUUAUUGAUUAAUGUUUAUAGGAUUACAGACAUUAAUAGAUGUACAUAUAUUUAUAGAAGUAAUAUCAUAUUUAUAAAUAAGUAUUGUGAAACAUGUCGAAAAACAUUUGCACGUCAUACUCAAUUAUUCUCAUGAUCCAUUUUAAAUGAAUAAAAAACUAACUAAAUAAGUUGGAACAAUCUAAUAUGCUGGACAUCAUAUUCAUCAUUUUCCAGAACUACAUUCUUUAGGAAAGAUGUUCAGAGAAUAUUUUGGAAUGAAUAUUGACUAAUUUGAAGUUUGUUCCCAGAUGGUGGAAUUGUGUACAGAUCAUUAACUUUUAAAAAAUAUUUAUUUAAGUUACUUUUGUAAGAAUUAUGGAUUGAUGGCAAUCACAAUCUAAUAAAACGGACAUUAUUUCACAGAAUUAUAUAAGACAUAUGACUUUUACAUACCAGAUGAGGAUUACUCCCUCCCUCCUCCUGGAGGAUACAGUAAUGUAUAUCCAACAACCCAAUUACCUAAUUAAUCCUUUCCUCCUCCUUAUGGAUCAAGCAUUAAUACAUAUCCUUAAUCAUACAACAAUCCUUUGCCACCUCCAGGUUAAUUACCUCCUCCAGGAUAGUAUCCUUCUCCAGGAUAAUACCCUCCUCCAGGGUAAUACCCACCUCCAGGAUAAUAGCCUCCUCCAGGACAGUAUCCUCCCCCAGGAUAGUAUCCUCCUCAAGGAUAAUAUCCUCCUCCAGGGUAAUAUCCUCCUCCAGGACAAUAUCCUCCUCCCACCUAAUAAUAAUCAUAUCCUAAUUAAUAACCAACCAGCUAUGGAAACUAACCAUACCAAUAAGGACAACAACCAUAUAAUCCAACCAGCUAUCCAACUUCAAGUUAACCCUAUCCUAAUUAUCCUCAGUAAACAAGUACUAUUGGAUAUCCUCCAUAAAACUAGUAACAAUCACCUGGCUAUCCCCCUUCAAACACUCAAUAAUAUAACCCAAAUGCUUAUAAUCCUGUUUCUAAUUAAUAAUAGUAAGCAUAUACCCCUUAAACUUAAAACACAACUUAAUAACCAAAUUAUGUUCCUAUGCCCCCCCCAGCAAAUCAAUCGUAUCCUUAUAAAUGACUU